ACUCGAGCUUCAUAUUCCACUCGGGGCCAUUCUCUCGCACUCGUUGGAUAACCUUUACAUAUGCAUGCAGGGCGCGGCUGUGCUGCAUGACUGAUACGCAACGUCUUGCUGAGAACUUUUGCGAGAGUUGAGGAUUGCAAGUGCUUGCGGGACUGGCUUGCGAAGCAGCGAGAUUGAACACAUUGCGAAGUUUAUUCGGGUAUCUCAAACGUCAGCUUGAACUUGAAGUUGAGGAAGAACAAGGGGUCUGUGGCAGCAGCUGAAACUUGUGAAAGGCUUGGCGUUGGUCUUUUGGUAUAGGAUCAUGGCGGGCACGGGUGUUUUCGAAGAUCUUGCGGCUGGGGAGGAUACCUUCAAGUUUUAUUCGGAGGGCAAAUGGCAGGAGUCGGCCUCGAAGAAGACCGUGAAUGUGGUCAACCCAAGCACGCAAAAGGUCCAAUACAAAGUGCAAGCGUGCACCCAGGACGAGGUGAAUGCGGUGUUUGCUUCUGCCAAGGUGGCGCAAAAGGCAUGGGCCAAGACCCCACUGUGGAAGCGUGCGGAGCUACUGCACAAGGCGGCGGCGAUGCUCAAGGAGCACAAGACGCCCAUCGCAGCCGCGCUGGUCAAGGAGAUUGCCAAGCCAGCAAAGGAUGCCGUGACUGAGGUUGUGCGCUCGGGAGACCUGAUCUCGUACUGUGCUGAGGAGGGAGUGCGCCUGCUUGGCGAGGGCAAGUUCAUUAUGUCGGACAGCUUCCCUGGAACUGACCGCAACAAAUUGUGCCUGGCAUCAAAGAUUCCCUUGGGCACAGUCCUCUGCAUCCCGCCGUUCAACUACCCCGUCAACCUCGCUGUCUCUAAGAUCGCCCCUGCCCUUAUUGCUGGAAACGCCGUUGUCCUCAAGCCCCCCACCCAGGGUGCUGUGUCGGGGCUGCACAUGGUGCACUGCUUCCACCUGGCGGGCUUCCCCCCGGGCCUGCUCAGCUGCGUCACCGGCAAGGGCUCCGAGAUCGGCGACUUCCUCACCACUCACCCCAGCGUCAACUGCAUCAGCUUCACCGGCGGCGACACGGGCAUCAGCAUUGCGCGCAAGGCGGGCAUGGUGCCGAUGCAGAUGGAGCUGGGCGGCAAGGACGCGUGCAUCGUGCUGGAGGACGCCGACCUCGACUUGGUGGCCGCCAACAUCAUCAAGGGGGGCUUCUCCUACAGUGGGCAACGGUGCACUGCGAUCAAGGUGGUGCUGGUGCUGGAGAGCGUUGCCGACAAGCUCGUGGAGCUGGUGAACGCCAAGGUGGCCAAGCUCAGCGUGGGCAUGCCCGAGGACGACGCGCAGAUCACGCCCGUCGUCACCGAGUCGAGCGCCAACUUCAUCGAGGGCCUCGUCAAGGACGCCGAGACCAAGGGCGCCACGCUUUGCCAGGCGUACAAGCGCGAGGGCAACCUGAUUUGGCCGGUCCUGAUCGACCACGUGAAGCCGGAGAUGCGCAUCGCGUGGGAGGAGCCGUUCGGGCCCAUCCUGCCGGUCAUCCGGGUCAAGACCGUGGAGGAGGCGAUCCACCACUGCAACGCCAGCCAGUUCGGCCUGCAGGGUUGCAUCUUUACGCAGGACAUCAACAAGGCCAUGUUCAUCAGCGAUGCCAUGGAGACGGGCACCGUGCAGAUCAACUCCGCCCCUGCGCGAGGACCCGACCACUUCCCUUUCCAGGGAAUCAGGGACUCCGGUAUUGGCACUCAAGGUAUCCCAAACAGCAUCCUGUUGAUGACCAAGACAAAGAGCACAGUGAUCAACCUUCCAAGUGCAUCAUACACCAUGGGCUAGCUCCCAUAAGCUCUUGCUUUCUGUAAAUAGAACGAAUGAGCUCUGGCCAUUUAUAAAACCACGAGUCCAAAUCAGCUUGCGCACAGUUAGUCAGAACCUAUGUCUUUUUGAAAGCUGGGGUAAUCGGUGGAAUUUUGUACGAAGAAGGAGCAGGCUGGCAGAUUAUGGACAUACCGUUUUCACUCUGUCCGUGUACCAACCAGUAUAUUUUAUUGGGAACAUGUGAUCGGAUGCUCAUUAAGGUGGAAGUAUGGCAUUCAAGUGUUAAGUCCUACGUCACAAAUCACAUUUCGAGUCAUGGGUUCAAAUCCAAUUCAAACCUAGUCGCUUUAGUCACGACUCUUGCAAUGAGUUCUUGGGCCCAAGGGCCGGGGUCCUCCGAGG